AUGCUGGCCUGAAGGAGGAAGAAGAGGAAACGAGGCGCGCCCGUCGGCCCAUGCCGCAGCCACGGCCCUGGACCCGCCACGGCGCCCGCACCGCCGCUCUCGCCGGAGCCCACGAAAUCUGCAUGGACGGGCAUGGGCUUGAGAGCAGCACCUUCCGCCACCACCGCCGGGGCUGAGCAGUGCCGCCGCCCCCGGCCCUGCCCGCCGCCCCUGGCGCUACUGCUGCUGCUACUGCUCAGCCUCGGGCUGCUCCACGCAGGUGACUGCCAACAGCCAGCACAAUGUCGAAUCCAGAAAUGUACCACCGACUUUGUUUCCCUGACUUCACACCUGAACUCUGCCAUUGACGGCUUUGACUCUGAGUUUUGCAAGGCCCUCCGUGCUUAUGCCGGCUGCACCCAACGAACUUCAAAGGCCUGCCGUGGCAAUCUGGUAUACCAUUCUGCUGUAUUGGGUAUCAGUGACCUCAUGAGCCAGAGGAACUGUUCCAAGGACGGACCCACGUCCUCUACCAACCCUGAAGUGACCCAUGAUCCUUGUAACUAUCACAGCCACGCAGGAGCCAGAGAACACAGGGGAGGGGAACAGAACCCUCCUAAUUACCUUUUUUGUGGCUUAUUCGGGGAUCCUCACCUGAGAACUUUCAAGGAUCACUUUCAAACAUGCAAAGUGGAAGGGGCUUGGCCACUCAUCGAUAAUAAUUAUCUUUCAGUUCAAGUGACGAAUGUGCCUGUGGUCCCUGGAUCCAGUGCUACUGCUACAAAUAAGAUCACUAUCAUCUUCAAAGCCCACCAUGAGUGCACCGAUCAGAAAGUAUACCAAGCUGUGACAGAUGACCUACCAGCUGCCUUUGUGGAUGGCACCACCAGUGGUGGGGAUGGUGAUGCCAAAAGCCUGCAGAUUGUGGAGAAGGAGAGUGGCCGCUAUGUGGAGAUGCACGCCCGCUACAUAGGGACCACAGUGUUUGUGCGACAGCUGGGCCGCUACCUGACCUUGGCCAUUCGGAUGCCUGAAGACUUGGCUAUGUCUUACGAAGAAAGCCAGGACCUGCAGCUAUGUGUGAAUGGCUGUCCCGUGAGUGAACGCAUUGAUGACCAGCAGAGCCAGGUGUCUCCCAUCCUGGGACACACCCCACCCCACACCACCUUAGCACAGACCUGGCCUGGCUACACACUGGAGACAGCCAACACUCAAUGCCAUGAGAAGAUGCCAGUUAAGGAUAUCUAUUUCCAGUCCUGUGUCUUCGACCUGCUUACCACAGGUGAUGCCAACUUCACCGCUGCAGCCCACAGUGCCUUGGAAGACGUGGCGGCACUGCACCCAAGGAAGGAACGCUGGCACAUCUUCCCAAGCAGCAACAGCGGGGCUCCCCAGGCACGCAGUGACUUGUCUCUUAGUUUUGGACUCACAUUCUUGUUCCUUGUUGUGUUUUUGUAG